AUGCAAUCGAACGAGUCGCUCGAAAGAGAAAGAAUAUACCAGAAAUCGUUCUUGGCGUCAGUAGAACGGAAUCAGAUCCCCAUAUCCCGUACAAUUCUACUCUCGCUAUACUUUCUCCAUUACACAUCACCAGUCUUCCACUCGUACACGUCCAAGUUUCUCUAUUUGCAGAACCAGACGGACAUCAUCUUCGAUGCCAAAACAGGAAAAGCGCAUCCCCUCUACGACAUAAGCAUCGAUGAUGCUUACUACGUUGGCUUCUAUGUGAUCGCCUUAACUUUUCUCAGGUCCAUUCUCAUGCAAUGGUGUUUCAGCCCUAUCGCUUCGAGAUUUUGCCAGAUCUACUCCAACAAGGCUAAAGUCAGAUUUGCCGAACAAAGUUGGUCAUUUGUCUAUUAUUCUUUUUCAUUUAUUUACGGGGUGUUGUUGUAUGUCCAUUCGCCGUACUUCCUUAAUUUAGACAACGUCUAUCUUGGAUGGCCCAAUUUCCCAAUGACAGCCCUGUUCAAAAGAUACUAUCUCAUCUCCAUAGGCUUCUGGCUUCAACAAAUCUUUGUGUUGAACAUCGAGCAGAAGAGAAAAGACCACUACCAGAUGUUCAGCCAUCACAUCAUCACGUGUUUGUUGAUCAUUGGUUCCUACUACUAUUACUACUUCCGCAUCGGCCAUCUCAUCCUCAUGAUCAUGGACUCCGUAGAUAUCUGUUUAUCGGGUGCAAAGAUGUUGAGAUACGCUGGCUUCUCCACUGCAUGUGAUGUCAUGUUCCUCUUUUUCUUGAUAGCCUGGAUCGUCUUGAGACACGGAGUGUACAACUACAUCUUCUACCAUGCCUACAGUAAAGCUGAGUUCUUGAUGGCUGAUGGCGAAUGCAUACCCGGCGCAAUUCAGAAGAGAUGCUGGACACCAGCGGUUAUCAACUUCUUCUUGUCGUUAUUGGGAGGCUUACAGAUCAUCACAAUCAUCUGGAUGUACUUGAUCAUGAAGGUAGCCAUCAAGGUUAUUGCUGGUUUGGGAGCUGAAGAUGUAAGAAGUGACGAAGAUGAUACUGAAUUGGAAGAUGAC